AUUUCGGAGCUUUGAGCUUCGGUUUCAGUUCGGCGUGUUCUUCAGAUGUGUAUGGAGGUCGCGCUUUCAUCCGCCACACGCGCUCCGACACAAACGAUGUUUAUGGCACCAACCGCAUGAUUCCUGAAAGACACCCGAUCAUUUAGUGCAGGCCAGUUUCCAUUGUGAUCCAGUCGAUUUUUAGCCAGUAACAAUGUUUCUAAUCCGCCUGCUAUUCAAAACGCCGAAGGGCCGCAUGGCAAAACUGUUUUUCCUUGUGCUUCUCGUGCAAUAUUGUUUGUUUCUGAGUGCAAAGGCGGACUUUGAGAACAGCUGGACAAUGUACAUGGAGCAGCCGUGUUGUUCCGGCCUCCCCAAUCAUCAUGUUCGGCACCAUAGAGAUCAUGUGAGAGAGUUUGCCUGCGGCACCAUGUUUUACCGGACGUUCCAUAUGGACGUGAAGAGGGACGCCCUGUAUGUUGGAGCAAUGGACCGGAUCUACAGACUGAACCUCAGCAAUAUCAAUCAAUCGAGCUGCGAGAGAGACGCGCUCAACUUGGAACCCUCCAAUGUAGCCAACUGCGUUUCCAAAGGAAAAACGGAGCAUUUUGACUGCAGAAACCACAUAAGAGUCAUCCAAUCGAUGGGCAAUGGAGACCGGUUGUACGUGUGCGGAACAAACGCACACAAUCCGAAGGACUGGGUGAUUAAUGCGAAUUUGACCCAUUUGAGUCGUAACAUCUUCGUCCAUGGCAUCGGCAUGGGCAUCGCGAAAUGCCCAUAUGAUCCGACUGACAAUUCGACGGCCGUCUGGGUGGAAAAUGGUAAUCCCGGCAAUUUGCCAGGACUGUAUUCAGGAACCAAUGCCGAGUUUACAAAGGCGGACACUGUAAUUUUUCGAACUGACCUGCAUAAUUUAACCACCGGCAAGAAGGAGUACAAUUUCAAAAGAACACUGAAAUACGACUCCAAGUGGCUCGACAAACCGAACUUUGUCGGCUCCUUCGAUAUCGGCGACUUUGUGCUGUUCUUCUUCAGGGAAACGGCCGUCGAGUACAUCAACUGUGGCAAGAGCGUAUACAGUCGCGUGGCUCGUGUUUGCAAGAAAGACACUGGAGGCAGAAAUAUUCUCACUCAAAAUUGGGUCACCUACUUGAAGGCGCGCCUCAACUGCUCUAUUCCUGGAGAGUUUCCGUUCUACUUCAAUGAAAUACAGAGCAUCUACCGAGUACCGGGCGACAACAAAUUCUACGGCACCUUCACCACGUCCACCAACGGCCUGAUGGGUUCCGCGAUUUGCUCCUUCACUCUCGCCGACAUUCAAGCAGCCUUCGAUGGCAAAUUUAAGGAGCAAGCCUCGUCCUCUUCAGCGUGGCUUCCGGUGUUAAGCAGUCGCGUCCCUGAGCCCCGUCCAGGGACGUGCGUCAACAAUACGGGUUCCCUGCCGGACACCGUAUUAAACUUCAUCCGAUCCCAUCCCUUGAUGGACUCCGCCAUCAUGCACGAGUACGAAAAGCCCGUCUACUUCAAGAGGGACAUUCUCUUCACCAGACUGGUGGUGGAUAAAGUAAGGGUGGACAUCGGAGGCGCUGUGGUUGACUACACGGUCUACUAUGCGGGAACUAAUAACGGCCAAGUGCAGAAAAUCGUCGAAUGGACCAACGAGCACUUGGAGGGCUCCUCCUCCAUUCUCUUGGAUAUUUUUGACGUCACCCCCGGCGAAGCCAUCCAGGUGAUGGAGAUCUCCAAGGAGCACAAGGCUCUUUAUGUGGCCUCGGAUAAUCGGGUGAAGCAAGUGGACUUGGUGAUGUGCAACAGACGCUACGACAACUGCUUGAGAUGCGUCCAUGAUCCCUACUGCGGAUGGGACAAAGAGUCCAACGUCUGCAAGCCCUACUCACCAGGGUUGUUGCAAGAUGUGUCCAACAGCACCAUCGAUGUGUGCGAUAGCAGCGUUAUCAAGAAGAAGAUGAUGGUCACUUGGGGGCAAAGCCUCCACUUGGGCUGCUUCCUGAAGAUGCCGGCCGUGUUGGCCUCGCAAACCAUCACCUGGUACCACUACUCGAAGGAGAAGGGCCGGUACAAGAUCCAGUACAAGCCCGAGAAAUACGUGGAAACCUCCGAACAUGGCUUGGUAAUUAUUUCCGUGACGGAAGCUGAUGCCGGAAGAUACGAUUGCUGGAUGGGAGCUUCGCUCCUUUGCUCCUAUAAUGUGACUGUGGAUGCUCACCGAUGCUCGCCGCCUGCCAAAGGCAACGACUACCAGAAGAUCUACUCGGAUUGGUGUCACGAGUUCGAGAAGUACAAAUCAGCGAUGAAGACUUGGGAGAAGAAGCAAAUGCAAUGCGGCGUGAGACAGAAUGCGAGUAGCAACCAAAACAGCCACCCAAAUGAGAUCUAUCGACCACUGGUGUGAUAGCUCAUAGAACGUGGGCCGUUUUCACUCACUUAUCUCGGGAUCCCAAUUUCGUGGAUUACCAUCCUGUUUGUGUAAAUACGUUUUGAAACAAUAUGAGUUUCGCAUUAAGCAACCGUUCAGUUAGUUGGGUGUUUUGCUCCAAACGAAAAUUGAAACAAUGAACGUCACAUGUAUGUAUCCCAUGCUUUCGUCUCGUUUGGUUUGUCAGGUUUCACUAUAGGAGGAACAGACUGUUGUUCUUCGGGCAGCAGCAGGCGUUUUCUUCAAUUUUCUUUCCGGCCGAUUUUUCGUACGCAUUUAAAUAUGUAGGUCUGUGAUAUACAUGUAUGGGUAAGUAAAAAGUAUUUAUUUUAUUAAUAUCUCGACACUGGAUGAAUGUUUGGUAUAUUAAGACGAUGACAUGCUUUUUCAAAUAUCUAGGACCAAGUUGUUGUGACUGGACGGUGUUCGAUUCGCUCAUUUUCUUUCGCGAAUGAAACGAAUAUAAACUUUAUUGUACAUUUGGUGCGUAUUCAAAGCAAUACUCUUUUCCGACCGCGAAUGUUGGUCGUUGUUUAAUUAGUGGGACAUUUCGUUUUAUGGAUCUGUAAAAUAGACUAUUUUAUUGCGACACACCGAACUCGACCAGCAAUUUACGCUAAGUUAUCCUGUUUGGAGAUAAUAUCACAACUUGACCUCAAAUGGACACAGUCUGCACUAAUUUUAUAAAAAAAAACGUCCAAAACCCUCUUUGGAGUGAUGAGCAAGCCCAUGAUCCAAUUACUUAACUGUACUGGGAAUCGUAACUUUCAACUAAACAAAACCCCGUCCAGCUUUUUUUAUCGGCAUUCAAGCCAUUGUUGCCUGAAAUGUGUGUUUUAUUACAAAAAAUCUCAUCAAUAAUUAUUAUUAAGUUAAGUAAUGAAAUGAGCUUCUAUUGGUUAACUAUCUUUUUUUGUAUUUUGAGGAUUUAACAUGCAAAAACAACUAAGUUGCUGGUUGAGUUGCAGAUCGCUAUUAAGGACAAUCAAAGAUUUAAACAAUUUACGCGUUGAUUUGUUAAUGUCUGGCGCAAUUGGUCUGUAGCCGCCUGGAUUAGCCUUCAACUCAAUCCUUCGGAUCCACAAACCAAUUUGCUGGUGUUUAUUUAGUGUUGACUUAGUUCUUCUUCUAGUGUUUACCUUCAGUUUAGCUUAGUACGCUCUGAGUUGAAAGAUAAAAAAAAAUGCGACUAUUUGAAAAUAAUAAUAAUAAUAAUUGUUGACCUGUUUUAAAGCAUAUAACGUGUUCGAUUAUAAAGUACUGGUGUCCUGUAAAUACCUAUGUAAAGCUAUUUAUAUACAACUAUGUAAGUUAUCAUUAUCAUUUGUAUCGCUCUAUAGGAAAAGCUGACUUUCCCAUUUUCUCGGUCAUCAUCGCCAUUAAAUUGCUUAUCGUUCCAGCAAUACAUAUCUAACUAAACAUCAUGCAAUAAACUCGUGUAAUUGUUUUUUUGCGCAAUAUUCAUGGAGAUACUACGAACUUAAACUGCGUAUGUUUCAACAGAGUUGACGAAGUUUAAUUAAUGUUAAGCGUAUAGUUAAUAAAGGCAGCGUAAUCUUAUACAGGAGCUCCUACCCCCCGAUUAAUAGUUGUUGGUCAUUUCUUUUGCUUGGACCAGUUUGGCCCUAAAUUGUCCAAACAGACCCGAACUGAUCCAUGCCGGUCACUUUAGUUUAGAAUUGUCAGUUUCUUACCGUUACUUGUAUAUAAACCGAUUACAGUAUAGAGUUAACGAAUAUUAAUUAGGGCCGUAGCACAUGUAAAUUGUAAUGGAAAUGCUAACAUUAAUAUUAUUAUUGCUCUUUGAAAAUAUUAACAAUAAAUUUACAUGUGGAAGCAGA